CAGCGAGAUCCAGGUGCUGGAGGGCACCGAGAUCCGGCUGCGCCUCUUCGGGCUGGGCAUGCACAGCCGCGUCUACGAGAUGGUCUCCUUCUCCGAAGUGGACCCGUCCCGCGGGAACACCGUCCGCUGGGCGAAUGCCACCUGCCCCGAGAAGACGCAGGACCUGGUGGUGCAGGAUCAGCCGGGCGAGAGCAGGAACACCUCGGCCGUGGUCUUCGUGAAGGUGCAGCUGCUGCGCAAGGCGGAGCAGUCCAAGCUCUACGUCCUGUGCACCCGUAGCCAACCCGGGCAGCCCUGGCUGCGCCUGGAGGGCAAAGACGCCUUCCUGCGCGUGGUGGAGGAGAAGAAGCACUUGCUGCCCCUCUGGUUCCAGAUCAUCCUCAUCCUCGGCCUCCUGGUGCUCUCGGGCAUGUUCAGCGGCCUCAACCUGGGCCUCAUGGCCCUCGACCCCAUGGAGCUGCGCAUCGUGCAGAACUGCGGCACCGACAAGGAGAAGCGCUACGCCCGCAAGAUCGAGCCCAUUCGCCGCAAGGGCAACUACCUGCUCUGCUCCCUCCUCCUGGGCAACGUCUUGGUCAACACCACCCUCACCAUCCUGCUCGACGACCUCAUUGGCUCUGGGCUGGGGGCCGUGGUGGCCUCCACCACCGGCAUCGUGAUCUUCGGGGAGAUUGUCCCGCAGGCCCUGUGCUCCCGCCACGGUUUGGCUGUGGGCGCCAACACCAUCGGCGUCACCAAGUUCUUCAUGCUGUUGACUUUCCCCCUCUCCUUCCCCAUCAGCAAACUCCUGGACUGUAUACUUGGCCAAGAGAUUGGCACGGUGUACAACCGGGAGAAGUUGGUGGAGAUGCUGAAGAUUACAGAGCCUUACAAUGACCUGGUGAAGGAAGAGUUGAACAUGAUCCAGGGAGCGCUGGAGCUCAGGACUAAGACGGUAGAGGACGUCAUGACCCCGCUCCAUGACUGUUUCAUGAUCAACAGUGACGCCAUCUUGGAUUUCAACACCAUGUCAGAGAUCAUGGAGAGCGGCUACACACGUAUUCCUGUUUUUGAAGAGGAGCACUCCAACAUUGUAGAUAUCCUUUAUGUCAAGGAUCUCGCCUUUGUAGACCCUGAUGACUGCACUACCCUCAAGACAAUCACAAAGUUCUACAACCACCCUGUCCAUUUUGUCUUCCAUGAUACCAAGCUGGACGCCAUGCUGGAGGAAUUCAAAAAGGGGAAAUCCCACUUGGCCAUCGUUCAGAAGGUGAACAACGAAGGUGAGGGUGACCCCUUCUACGAGGUGCUCGGCCUGGUGACGCUGGAGGAUGUCAUUGAGGAGAUAAUCAAGUCGGAAAUCCUGGACGAGUCGGAUAUGUACACUGACAACCGCUCCAGGAAGCGAGUGAAUCACCAGAAGAACAAACGGGACUUCUCGGCCUUCAAAGAUAAUGACACAGAGUCCAAGGUGAAGAUUUCCCCACAGCUGCUCCUGGCUGCUCACCGCUUUCUCUCCACGGAGGUAACACAGUUCACCCCCUCCCUUAUUUCGGAGAAGAUCCUGCUGCGCUUGCUCAAACACCGCGAUGUCAUCCACGAGCUGAAGUUUGACGAAGAGAACAAGAAAUCACCCCAGCACUUCCUCUUCAACAGGAACAAGCCAUCUGACUACUUCAUCCUCAUCCUUCAGGGUAAAGUGGAGGUGGAGGCUGGCAAGGAGAACAUGAAGUUUGAGACUGGGCCUUUCUCCUAUUACGGGGUGAUGGCCUUGAGUCCAAUCGUCGCAACAAUUUCAGAGGUGCGUUCUCCAUCUCACAUGAGUAACCUGAACCGCUCGGCGUCCCUCUGCUACCACGAACGCUCUGAUUCCAUCUCCUCCAACUUCAGCGGCAGCAACAACCAGCUCAAUGCCAACGCCGGCUCCCAGUACAUCUCAGACUUCAGCGUCCGCGCUCUCACGGACCUGCAGUAUAUCAAGAUCACGCGCCUCCAGUACCAGAAUGGUCUCAUGGCCUCCCGCCUCGAGAGCUGCCCCCAAUCCCCUGAGGGCAGCCCCCCCAAGCCGGACCCCUCCUUGCCGGAAAAGGGGGACUCUGUCCCCAAGCCGGACCCCUCCUUGCCAGAAAAGGGGGACUCCGUCCCCAAACCGGACUCCUCGUUGGACAAGGGCGACUCCACCCCCAAAUCAGACACCUCCUUGUCGGAAAAGGGGGACUCCGUGGGGACCAAUGAAACGACCACCCUCAUGAACGAGAGGAACCGCCAGCAUCACAAGACGAACCACAACCCCCCGGACGAUGUCGUCUGACCCCGGCCUUUGGCGGCCUGGUCCGGCCCAGCUCGCCUUCACCCUUCCCUUCCAAAGACACGCCAGUGCCCACGAGAGGAUGUUGAUCGUGCACCUACAAACCUCAGGUAGCGGUUGUUGCAGCCGGGGAGACAGGGGGGGCGUCCCUCCACACCCAGAUAACGUUUGUCUCUCAGCCACUCUCCCGCACCCCUCUGUUUCCCACGCAAGACAGCUCGAUCUGUUAAGGGAGGCAGUGCAACCUCGAAGCAGCAGUACCUCGGCUCACCCUGACGAGGAUACGGGUCUUGGAUGCUAAAGGGAAUCCUCCUUAUGGAAAGCCGGAGCCUGAAUUGCCUGCUGUGAUCCAGAUCCGCCCCGGUUUGCGUUCCAGCCGGGGCGGGGUGGGGAGGCCGGCUACCCACAGGAUAUCUAAAGGGAGGCCGCGUGGUGCUGCUUUUCCACGCUGGCUUUGGUUUUUUUAUUUGAAGAGACGGAAAUGGAAGCGAAGCAACAACAUGGGCAGCGUCCUGGGUUUGCUUGAUCGGGUUCUCUCUCUCUCUCUCUUUCUCUCUCUCUCUCUCUCGACCAAGAGCUGCUGGGGAGACCCUCCCUGCCUCCAUUCCAGUGGCACAUAGGUACAGAGAUUGCUCAGAACUUGCCUGAAGGAGAUCAGGGCGAGAGCAAGCGGCCGGCGGCCGUCUCUUGAUAAGACAGGAAUCCUUUUCCCAUCUCAGGGAGUUCUGAAUCUUGUGUUGUCUGGGGGGAUAUGUUCUUCUUCUUAAUAUUAUUACUAUUUUUAUAUUUUAUCAAGCCGGCUGGGUGUUUGAUAGGAGAGAAAUACCUGACAAGCACGGGGAACUAAACAGGUUGAAAAGUUUAUAGAAUCUUUUUUCUUUUUUUUUCUGGAGGGACCUCUGUUUCUGGGGUUGGGGAUGGGCCUUUCCCAUUCAAGUUCUCUUCUCAUUUGGUUUCAGCCUGGUGCGCCAUGCUCAAGGAAUCAUAACCAAGCCAAGUGAUAUGACAAGGGGUCGUGUCCCAGGGGUGCUUGGAUGAAUUGUACCAAUUCAUAUUGCAGGGGAAAGCU